AUGAAACGCCAUCGAAGCCCCGACGCUAUUGGAGAAGGCAGCAGUCGCGCCAAAUUGUCAAAGACAUCAUCUGAGAGCACUGCAACGGGGGCUGAGACCGAACAGUUGUUGGAAGAUCAUCGGGAGCUUUGCAUCAGCGUUUCUCUCCGUUCAGCCAAGAAAGCGGCACGAAACGACCCGAAGCCCUUGCGGACCGAUGAAGAAUGGCAGAGAAUUGUUCAAACGUAUUUGAAUAUGGGUGAUUCUAGUAGUGAUCCAAGUUCGUCACAAGCGAUUGGGGACAAAGACAACCCGCGUGGCCCAGACCCGGCUGGCGGUUCUUCCGCAGCAGCAGAUCUCGGCCUUGCUGAUGGGCAGCAUUCUGCCCAGCACUGCAGUCCCGUGGGUCCUGCGCCGACCGCAGUGUCAAGACAACCGUCACAGGAGGGAAGUCUUGAUAGAAGCGAUAAGGACGACGACUCCAGGCUUGACGAUGACCAUUCUCACAUGAGCGACGAGGACGACGAAUUCCCUUGGUACGAAGAAAUCGAUGGCCUCGCCAGAUUGCAGCCGUCAUUGGACAACCCGACAGUUUCUCGCAGAGACGAACGCAUAAUCGGCAGCUGUGAUGCAAAGCUAAUCAGACGCGGCAUGAUGCGCGAGUCGUUCUGGCUCGAAAUGGAGUGCCCUACUCAAGAGACGCACGACCUGGCAUUUGACCUGUUCGAUCGGUACGGACGUCUUAACCCCGUGUUUUAUGAUCACGAAGUCAACAAAGGAUCCGGGGUUUGGGGCAAUGAACUUGACCAUGGAGACCUCCUGCUCUUUGAAGAGUUGAAAGUAAACACAGACUAUCGACGACGCGGUAUUGGUACGAAACUGGUCAACGCCAUUCUGGAGAAGACGAGAAAGAAGGUCUCGGAGCGGGUGGGCUUUUUUGCUCUGACUAGACCUGGAAUUCUAUCGAGUGAGAUAUCAUGCGAAGACCCCGCCGCGGUGAGAGAAGCUCAGCAAGACGCCAUGAGAGCCGCUCUAGGAUUCUGGCAUUCUAUGGGCUUUCGGAGAGUCGGCACAUCGCCAUGGCUUGCUUGGACAGACUCUCCACGCCAUCCAUCACGACAGCUAGGGAUUGCCCAGGACUGGAAUGACCCAGAUGAUCCAGUUGCGGAUGUCUUACUCUCAGGCGAAUUGGAAAGAACUUGCCAAAAACUGGCAGAUCCGGCGGUUGAAGCGGCAGAGUGUAUCGACGAACUCACAAAGGUCUUCCCAGAAGAAUUUGCAGAUGCCCAGUGGCAGAAAAUUGACGAAGACGGCAACACCCUGCUUCACAUCGCGUCAAUGUCAUCCAAACCAGAGCUGGUCAGCCACCUCCUCUCCAGGGUUCCCCAUCUGACAGCCGUGCGAAACAGGGAAGGCUAUACAGCUCUGGAAGCCCUACAGAACCAACUCGAGCGCCAGAGAACUCGGCAAUCUAAUGGACACAGUAGCCGCGUCACAUCCGACGCGUUCCAAGGCUUCAGCGCCUCAAGCAUCGCGUGCCUUGCCGCCCUCGAAAACACGGCUGCCUUCGACCUCUCGAGUCUGAGCCCGCGAGAUAUCGAGGCCGUUUCGUCGGCUACGGACGAGCAGAUCCGGAGGGCGCCUCAGCUCGAUAUAGCCGGCAUCCGGAAGACGCUGCGGUACAAAUACGGCUGCACAUGUGGACAGUGCAUCGGUGGAUUCUUAAGCCCGCGAAUGAAAUUCGCGCUAGUCUGCGUCUCUGAAAUAGAGCACGACAUGAUGCACUCCUGGAUGGAUGACACCGGGCCGGGCUGGGUUAACUUCAACCACAAUCUCUUGACGCAUCUCCCCGCAUCGGUUCGGGAGAACCUCAAGACGAAUAAGUCAAUGCGGCAGGGAUUUGCGAACAUGUGUAGUCAUUUCGCCAAGUGUCUGCACCAGGGAAGGAUGCCUACGGAAGGAGAGGUACUCGAUUUCUACCGGUCGCACGAGAGUGAGUGGCCACCUGUGACGAGGAACUAUCUCCAGCGAGGAGGGAGUGUGGCCGCAGUGGCCAAUAUGAUCUUCGAAAGGGCAAUGGAGAGCGACGAGUGGGCUGGAGACGGUGAUCAUAGAGAGGUCUUCAGGGAGGACAUCGACAAGCUCAUGCUGUGCAGGAACGACCAUGAGUUUGGCUUCGUGGCUGGGAUGUGCGGGUACAAGAGAGUUAGGCCAGUUUCAAGCCGUUUUGUUGGUAUGUCUGGUCGAGAACUCGAUCUGGACUUUUUGGGUUGA